AUGACGAGUUCGGCCCCGUCCUCCUUGUCCCGCUACCGGCCUGCGAUCCUGGUCCUCACCGGAGCGGCAGCCGCCUACGCUACAUACCUCCUCUACACCAGCGUUCAGACUGCUCCCGCAGAGGGCCUCCACCGGAGUAACGCGAUCCGCAGACCUCAGCGACCGCGUCCUCGCACGUCGACCACCACACGCAUAGUCCAACGCCUGCAGCACGAUGCGCACCCGCUCGGCGAGUUCGAUUUCUUCGGACACUCAAUCAUUCUCGAUGCUCGUAGCCUCAUAUCGCCGGCUGCGCUCCGCGAGAUAGCACAUCGCGCAGAACCAACCGCGACUCCGGAGAUUGUAGAGAGCCGGAUCGGGCAGCUCUAUGACGCUUUCCUAGACCGCCUGCUUGCCCUCACUUUCCCGGACAGGACGCUUUCAACAACAGAGACAAGCGCGGUGACGCGAUGGAUCCGUGACCGGCUACCGGACGAGGUAGCUUUAACGCGAGCGCUGCAAAGGCAUGCCAGCAGAUUCGCGCACGAAGAGACGGAAGCUGCUCUAGCAGCUGACGGAGCCGACAGCAUUGCGCCUACCGACCUCUCAUGGAGGAGCGACGAAGGCACUGAGGGCGAGGGCAUCGAUUCCGAUGGGCAAACGCUGCAGCGCACGCUGUACCAUAUUGCAGAAGACCGUGCAAGGCAAGAAGGCGUCAUCCAUCGUGGUAUAACAUGCAAUGGCUGCGACAACAGACCGAUCCGCGGCAUCAGGUGGCGAUGCGCCAAUUGUCCCGAUUUCGACUUGUGCUCGGAUUGCGAAGCCACCAACUCCCAUAUCAAGACCCACAUCUUCUACAAGAUCCGCAUUCCUGCGCCGUACCUGGGACUGCCAAAGCAAGAACCAGUCUAUCCUGGCCGCCCACAUGCCAUGGACCCUUCCAUCAGCUCCGCACUCAAGAAACGCCUCGUAUCCGAGACGAAGAUGGAAGCAGAAGAGAUUGAGGCACUUUGGGACCAGUUCACGUGUCUCGCUGCGACCGAGUGGGAAGCAGAUCCCAAUAGCAUAGGGUGGGCGAUAGACCGACGUGCUUUCAAUCACGCCUUCAUCCCGCGAUACAGUAGCUUCAUUUCUGCUCCGAAUCUGAUCUACGAUCGUGUAUUCGCCUACUUUGAUACAAAUCAUGACGGCCUGAUCGGUUUUGAGGAGUUUAUCAGAGGGCUCGAUGGAAUACACUCAACCGAUAUGCGCGUCAAGCUCCGAAUCGUCUUCAACGGGUACGAUGUCGAUGGAGACGGGUACAUAAGUCGCAAAGAUGUGUUGAGGAUAUUUAGGGCACAAUAUGCUAUAGAGAAGGAAGCCACCCGGAACUACCUCACUGAAUCCGCAGAAGAGUUAUCUGUUCGGGGCGCGCUUGAGACGAUACACUCUAGUCAGCCCUUAGGCUCGGCAUUCACUCAGAAUAGUAUCCCUCCUGGGAACGGCAUGAAUGAGCGUUUGCGAGGCAAGUCGGAAGAUGACGAACAGGAGCCCAUUAUCGACGACGUCCCAGACACAAUGGAGCGUGAGGAGAUGAUUCGGCGGGCUCACUCGGAAGCCUUCUAUGAAGUGGGCCACAGCAGAACCGCUGAUGAAUCUGUAAGAGAUAGGUGGGCUCGAAGGCAAUUCUAUACAGAUGAGGAAGAGGGCCUGGAGCGGCCGGAAGGCGCCGAAGAUGGGCCUUCUCCCAUGGAGAUGGAGGAUCACUUGCAUGCAGCAGACGUGGACGUACCGCCGACACCAGAACAUGAGCGGCCAAGAGGAUCCCGGUCAUCUUCGAGGGUCCGCUUUCAGGAUGACGUUGAUAUUGAAACUCGUUCUAAUGCUUCUACGUCUUCUCGGCCGAUCGGAGAACGCUGGGGUGGUUAUGAAAUCCCGGAACCGGAGAAGGACCUUGGAAAGGAGGUUCUCUAUCAAUUCACCCAACAAGCGUUCAACGAACUGCUGAACCCACUUUUCCGAGAGAAGGAAGACAACGCCAUGGACGCUUACGCCACUCGUGCUGAGCGACGAACUUUCGCCACCCAAAUUGACGAGACACUAGAAGAGUUUAAACGUGAGAAGGAUAUCAACAGGAGCGUUAUCGUUCUCGGUACCUUUCGGUAUGCUACUUGGCUGGUAGGAUCAUUCUGCUCUGGCGAUGUCAAGCAGGUCUUACGGCAGAUGAGCAGCUCACAACUCAGUAGAGAAGACGUACAAGAAAGAGUUAAGGCGUUGUUCGCCGUUGCGGAGGAAGGCAUCGUCAAAUUUGCAAAGUCCUGCGACGCCAACUGGGACGACAACUGUGGGCCCGAAGAGCUUCAGUUAUGGAACGCAAAGCUAUACAGGAUGCAGGUUCUGCAUGAGCUAACCAGAGCUAUAUGCUCCUUGGGAGGCCAGUUGGGGUGGCUGCCGUCCUCGGGCCCGGCGACACCAGAGACGCACGCUGAAGCCCCGUUGGGCCCGGCGUCUAUUGAAAGCCAUCAACCGACGUUCCACCGAGACCCGACAAUGCCUCAGUUCCGUCCCAACUCACACGCUGAUUUAGAGGCACAGCAGCGUGAAACUACACCAGCUUCUGAUGCUGACUCUAAUCACGCUUCUUCCGACGAAGCCGAAGAUUUCAUCAGCGAUUUUCGAUACUUCGGCCCCAUUUUCGUCGUUGCAGCUCAACAUGUUUGCGAUUCUAAAUCGGAAGAUAGCGACAGACCAGCUCAUGACGCAUCCACGGCAGCCCAGGCGGCAUCUCAACUCGAGAACCAUGUCCAUCCAACUGAACCUGCCCAGCCGCCUCCUUUGCCUGUGUCGCCGCCUUUUCUAUCCGCGAGCCCCGUUACAAACAACCCUACUAUGCACCUCCUCUAUAUCGACACUGAAACUCUUACGCUCCAUAUCGAGGCCCGCGCAGUCGACCAGUACCCGUAUUCCUUCGGGCCCGAAACCGCGCCGGUCAAGGCGCUUGAAUACAUGAUUCGACGCGAGGGCAUGCACAGCAGAUCUCCUCUCCAUUUGCCUUUCUUAGCGAGCUUGGAGACGGUGGAGGUAGAGAUACACGAACGUAAAGGCAGUGGACUGCUGAAUUUUGAGGAGUUUGAGGCAGUGGCUUCGGAGGGUCGGCUAAGGUUCUUGGAGAGCUGGAUGGACUGGGUUCCCUUUUAG